AUGGGAGUUUGCCCUAGUUCAUUUCCAAUUGAGCAAAAUAUUAAAAUUAAUCAAGAUGAGAACCAACCAAAGGUUGAUACGAAUCAAUACCAGCGAAUUAUUGGUAAACUUCUUUAUUUGCAAGCAACGAGACCUGACAUAGCUUACUCAGUCAACAUUCUUUGUCAGUUUGUCGCUGAUCCUAGGCAACAUCAUUUUGAUGCUCUUCUGCGUUUCCUUCGUUAUCUCAAGACUACCCUUGAUAAAAGAAUUCUUCUAUCGCGAUUAGGUGGAAAUGACCUCGUGGCUUACUCUGACUUGUGA